AUGGAGCCGAGGCGGCAUGUAUUUUCGGUUGACCUGCUGGAGAGGCACGCCGCCAAGGGACGUGGAGUGAUUACAUGUAUGGCUGCUGGGAAUGACGUCAUUGUGCUGGGUACGAGCAAAGGCUGGGUCAUCCGCCACGAUUUUGGCGUCGGCGAUUCGUUUGAUAUUGAUCUGUCUGUUGGGAGACUCGGGGAGCAGUCGAUCCACAGGGUUUUUGUUGAUCCUGGUGGCAGUCACUGCGUUGCAACUGUAGUUGGUGGUGGAACUUCAGAUACUUUUUAUACUCAUGCAAAGUGGGCUAAACCUCGCAUUUUGAGCAAAUUAAAAGGUCUAACUGUGAACGCUGUUGCUUGGAAUAAGCAGCAUAUUACAGAAGCAUCCACGAGAGAAAUUAUUCUUGGGACGGACAACGGCCAACUUCAUGAAGUUGCUGUAGAUGAGAAGGAUAAGAAAGAAAAGUACAUCAAAUUCUUAUUUGAACUCAAUGAACUUCCUGAAGCUUUCACAGGGUUACAGAUGGAAAUUACUGGCACGAAUAAUGGAACUAGGUAUUAUGUGAUGGCGGUUACUCCCACCCGACUUUAUUCAUUCACUGGAAUAGGCUCGUUGGAAUCUGUUUUUGCCAGCUAUGCAGAACGUGCAGUUCACUUCAUGGAACUUCCUGGUGAAAUUCAGAACAGGCAAUUGCACUUUUUCAUCAAGCAGAGAAGAGCAAUACAUUUUGCAUGGCUAUCUGGAGCAGGAAUCUAUCAUGGUGGCCUUAAUUUCGGAGCACAACACAGUUUACCGAAUGGGGACGAGAAUUUUGUGGAGAACAAAGCUCUCCUGGAUUAUUCUAAGCUAGGUGAAAGUGUGCUGGUCAAACCUAGGUCCCUGGCAGUGUCUGAAUUCCAUUUCCUUCUUCUGGUGGGGAACAAGGUUAAGGUUGUUAAUAGGAUCAGUGAGCAGAUUGUUGAGGAGCUUCAUUUUGAUCAAGUACCUGAUGCAGUUUCAAGUGGGAUUCUAGGUUUAUGCAGUGACGCAUCUGCUGGACUUUUCUAUGCAUAUGACCAGAAUUCCAUCUUUCAGGUGUCGGUGAAUGAUGAAGGUCGGGAUAUGUGGAAAGUGUAUUUAGAAUUGAAGGAUUAUGCUGCGGCUUUGGCAAAUUGUCGUGAUGCCCUACAAAGGGAUCAAGUCUAUCUUGUUCAGGCUGAAGCUGCUUUUACUGCAAAAGAUUUUCUCAGAGCGGCUUCCUUUUAUGCAAAGAUUAACUUUGCCUUGUCAUUUGAAGAGAUCACUUUGAAGUUUAUAAGCAUAGGCGAACAGGAUGCCUUAAGGACAUUUCUGUUGCGGAAGCUUGACAAUUUUGCGAAGGAUGACAAGUGUCAAAUAACAAUGAUUUCCACAUGGGCAACUGAGUUAUAUUUAGAUAAGAUUAAUCGACUACUUUUGGAGGAUGACGCUGUGGCUGAUUCUUCAAAUUUAGAAUAUCAAUCAAUCAUCACAGAGUUCCGUGCCUUUUUGAGCGAUUGCAAAGAUGUAUUGGAUGAGGCUACCACCAUGAAACUUCUAGAAAGCUAUGGCAGAGUUGAUGAAUUGGUUUUCUUUGCUAGUCUUAAGGAGCAACAUGAAAUUGUGGUGCAUCAUUAUAUUCAGCUUGGGGAAGCAAAGAAAGCACUGCGAGUUCUUCAGAAACCUAAUGUUCCUACAGAGCUUCAGUACAAGUUUGCCCCUGACCUUAUCAUGCUUGAUGCAUAUGAAACUGUUGAAGCAUGGAUGAUCACAAAAGACCUGAACCCAAGAAAGCUCAUUCCUGCAAUGAUGCGUUAUUCAAGUGAACCACAUGCAAAGAAUGAAACUCAUGAAGUGAUAAAGUAUCUGGAGUAUUGUGUUCAUCGUUUGCAGAACGAGGAUCCUGGUGUUCACAAUUUGUUACUCUCUUUAUAUGCCAAGCAGGAGGACGAGAGUGCUCUUUUGCGUUUUCUUCAAUGCAAGUUCGGAAAGGGGCAGCCAAAUGGCCCUGAAUUUUUCUAUGACCCAAAAUAUGCAUUGCGCCUCUCUCUGAAGCAAAAACGGAUGCGUGCAUGUGUCCACAUAUACAGCAUGAUGUCUAUGCAUGAAGAAGCAGUUGCUCUUGCUCUGCAGGUUGAUCCGGAUCUUGCUAUGGCUGAAGCUGAUAAGGUUGAAGAUGAUGAAGAUUUGAGAAAGAAACUUUGGCUUAUGGUUGCCAAGCAUGUCAUUGAACAGGAGAAGGGAACAAAGAGGGAGAACAUCCGAAAGGCCAUAGCUUUUCUCAAGGAAACUGACGGGCUUCUGAAAAUCGAGGAUAUCUUACCUUUUUUCCCUGAUUUUGCAAUGAUUGAUGAUUUCAAGGAAGCAAUAUGCUCAUCUCUGGAGGACUACAACGAGCAAAUCGAAAAACUCAAACAGGAGAUGAAUGACGCAACGCAUGGUGCGGACAACAUAAGGAAUGAUAUAAGUGCACUUGCACAAAGAUACGCCGUCAUUAAACGAGACGAGGAAUGCGGGGUUUGUAGGAGGAAAAUUUUAAAUAUGGCAAACGAUUAUAGGAUGGCUAGAGCUUAUACUUCAGUUGGAUCUAUGGCUCCUUUCUAUGUCUUUCCAUGUGGACAUUCCUUUCACGCUCACUGCCUGAUUGCUCACGUAACUCGAUGCACAACUGAAGCUCAAGCUGAAUACAUUUUGGAUUUGCAAAAGCAGCUGACUUUACUAGGAAACGAACCAAGGAGAGAAAUGAACGGAGGGUUAACAGACGAGGAACCCAUAACGAGCAUGACCCCUGCAGAAAAGAUACGGUCACAGCUGGACGAUGCCAUAGCUAGUGAGUGCCCGUUUUGUGGUGAUCUAAUGAUCCGCGAGAUAUCUUUGCCUUUUAUACUCCCAGAGGAAGUUGAUGAAGUCGAGUCGUGGGAAAUAAAGACACAGAACCUUGGGACUCAAAAGAGCAUAUCAUUAAGUGCAUGA